AUGGUCUCGGCGCUUUAUCAACUGAUCCCGGAUGAGAGGAAACGGAGUAAAGCGGUAGCGACCAGGAAAAUCCCAGCAGGGACGGAAUUUGUUUUCCAUCCGUUGGUCACGGUGGUCAACGCGGAGGAAUCCGUAUGCGAGAAUUGUCUGUUAUUUGGGGAGGGGUCGCUGAGGUGUUCGAGGUGUAAGCAAGUGAGGUAUUGCAGCGCAGAAUGUCAGGCAGAGUCUUGGACGAAGGGUAUGCACAAGCACUGGUGCAAGAAACAGCGACCAGAUUUUCCGUCAGAUCUGAAACUACUUUUACGGCUAGCGCUGGCAUUGAAGCAAGGCGGACCUCUGGCUGAAACCUUUGACGAGCUCAUCGCCGCGCAGGACAUGUUGAGCCCGAUUCAUCAAGUACAGUUCGAGCACAACGCCAAGAUCAUCCAUGCUAUCCUGCCACACUGGUCCGAAGCAGACCUUAUAACCAUCCAAGCAAAGAACUUGCGGAAUUCAUUCACCGUCACAGAUGGCCGACUCUUCGACAUCGGCUCCGGCGUCUACCCACUGGCAAGCCGCCACCUGAACCAUUCCUGUUACCCAAACUGCGGCGUUUCGUUCCGUGGACCCCAGAUGAUGGUAAAGACACUCGUUGAGUUGAAAGAGGGAGAUGAGUUGUGUAUCAAUUACUGCGACCCUAUCGUACCGCUGAAGAGGAGGCGGAAAGCGCUGGAGGAUCAGUAUGCGUUCAAGUGUACCUGUGAAGCGUGUACCGGAGGUGGAUGGUUCGAGACAUCGAGACAGGGGAGGAAGACGGCGGAUGAGAUCGAUGUUAAUGCGGAAGAGGCACUGAACGCCAUCUUCCGAUCCUCGAUAUCGGAACAAAUCCUCCUGGUCUUGGGUACUGAUCCAGACAACAUCAUACAAGCACGCCAGAAGGUCUUCACCACCCUCAAUAUCCCACCAAUAUUCCUCAACAUCUCCGUCCUCUCCCUCGCCACAUCCCGCUCAAGUUCCCUCCGCACCUCCGCCAAUUGGUCCGAAUCCGCAUCAUACGGUCUUUACGUCCUGGCGUAUUACCUGCUGAUAUACCCGCCGGCAUACGCAUUGGUUGGGCUACAUGCGAGUGAUUUGGCGAUUACGAUGUGGAAUGCGGGAGGGUGGGAGGGGAUGGUGAGGGGGGUUGCGGAGUUUGCGGUUUGGAGUUUGGGGAGGGGGAUGGGGGAGGGUGAGGCGCUGGAGCAUGCUAAGGAGUUGGUUAAGGUUAUGAGUGAAUGA